AUGAUUGGGUUGGGUGUGAGUACCCGCUCCUGCCCCAACACUCUCCUGGUUGAAUUUCAGGUUCGGUCAAACAGAGGUCAUUUCCGCCUGCCUCGCCCGUGUCACAUCGCGGCAUUUGUUUACUUAUUGUUUACGUUCAUCAAUUCUUUUACGUCCGUCUGUCUAUCUUUAUUUCUUGUUACCCCCCCUCCCCCGCCACCGCCGAGAUUUAACCGAAUUUCUUGUAAACAGGAAAGCAAUUGUAAAAACCACGAUUUUUCUUCCUUCCUGCCUUUCUCAUUUCUUUCGUUCAUCAUUUUUUCUUCUUUUGCUUUCUUCUUGACUUUUCUUUCACGACAUCUAUGUUAUUUUCUUUAUUUGUUCGCCUUCCUUCUUUGUAUUUUUCUUCACAUCUCCUCUUCAACUAUUAUUUCUUUCUCCUUCCUCCCUCCACUCCUUCGUCUAUUUUUUUUCACAGUCACCUUUCACCUAUUUGUCACUUCUUACUCCUUCACACUCAUAGCCACUUUUUCUUCCCACUCUCCCGUCACUUAUUUUUCUCCUUCCUCCCUCCACUCCUUCAUCAUUUUUUUCUUCAAAGUAACCCCUUAUUAUUUUUUCUUCGUUCACCUUCCCCUUCUUACUCACUUUUUCUUCCCACUUUCCUUUCACCUAUUUCUUCCUCUUUCCUCCUGCCACCUCAUCCCCAUUUUUCUUUCACACUUAAUGAAUUUCUUUAAGACGCCAACUAUCUCAACCACCAGGUAA